AUGAACCACCGAAAAUGCCCAAGGAAAGAACCCGUCUCUAUACUCCAGCUGAAUGUUGGCCGCAACCCAGAAGCCCACGCGAUUGCCCUCGCCCAGGCACACUCCAACCAUAUCGACAUUAUCCUUAUACAGGAGCCCUACAUCUACAAAGACCUCGCUCGAAAGAUCACGAAGAGACACCCGUCCUACGAGUGCUUCUCCCCAACCGAUUCCUGGGAGGCAAGUGGUAUCCCGCGAGUCCUUACCUAUGUCUGCCGGAAUAGUGGCAUCCGAGCCUCCCAGCUCCGUCCCGACACAAUAAGCCAGGAGAUCCUCUCCGACCUUCUCCCACUCCAGAUCUCCUCAUGCUUAGGGCAAUCUGCCCUGAUAUUCAACAUAUACAAUGCUCCAGUCGCUGCAAUCCGGGGAGGAGAAGCAGCGAGAGCUCUCACUUGCUUGCCCGAGUCCUACUUCACAAUGCCUACCCUGCUUGCUGGAGACUUCAACCUACUACACACCAAAUGGCAGCCGUCUCUCCAUCGCCCUCCUACCGCCUUUGCGGGCGCAUUUACAGAAUGGCUCGACGAGCGUGGACUACGGUUUACAUCUAAGACUAACAUCCUCACACAUAAUAGAGGCAACGUGCUGGACCUUGCCUUUGUCUCAAGCUCCCCGAGCCUCCUAGGAGCCAGUACUAGGGUCGCACACUACCUAGACGCUACCUCUGAUCAUCGCCCACUUCUCACGGAUAUGCCUUGGGAACACGGAUCUGUGGAGACCCCGCAAAGACUAAGGUUUGACACACUAGACCACACCCGCUUCCCUACACUUCUCGCUGCCAACUUAGCGAAUAUCAGGAGCUCGGCAGAGAGUAAAGAGGAAUUAGACUACCUUGCAAAUGAAAUCACCGCGGCUAUUCAUAGCGCAUACACAGCCUCUGCAAACAAGUCAAUGCCCCGGGGAGGGGGGCAACGAUGGUGGAACACUGCGUGCAAGAAGGCAUUACAAGACUACCGGGCCGGACUCUGCACACAGAAGGACUUCCGGCGAAUAACCCGACGCGCCCAAGUACAAUACUGGCGUGACAAGAUCAACGCGGUAACUGAGGGCAAGGAAGUCUUUGAUAUGGCCAAAUGGCAUAAAUCAACAGGCUCGUACCGCAGCCCCCCACUAAAGGACCCCUUGAGGCCUGACAGCCCCCUAGCGGUAGACUUACAAGAAAAACGAGAUAUCCUAUCCCGGAACCUACUUCAAAACACGGCUGAAGCAGGAGACAUCCCGCUGGAUACUCCAACUGUCCCAUCUCGCUCCCUGCCAUUCCCCGAGAUAACCAUGGCCCAAGUGGAGAACUCAAUGCUGCAAGCAGGAAAUACGACCCCUGGCGCAGACGAGCUACCCACCUGUAUAUUCAAGGUGGCAUGGCCCUUGAUCAAAGACAUGGUACUUGCGCUCUACCAGGGUUGCCUUCGAUUCGGCUACCACCCGAAAUGCUUCCGACAUGCAGUGCUGGCUAUAAUCCAAAAGCCAAACAAGACCGACUGGUCGAGCCCCAGGUCAUAUAGGCCAAUUGCCCUCCUGUCAGUACUCGGCAAAGGCCUCGAGAGACUAAUCGCCCGAAACAUAGCAUGGAUUGCUAUCCACUAUAAAGUCCUCGCUAGUCAACAGUUCGGGGCCCUGCCCCUGCGUUCAGCAAUUGAUCUGACUACAUGUCUGCUCCACGAUGUGGAACAGGCUCUCAACCAAAAGAAAACAGCCUCACUCCUCACCUUCGAUGUGAAGGGAGCCUUCGAUGGAGUCCUCCCUGGGAGACUAGUCCACAGACUUCGAUCACAAGGCUGGCCUGAUAAGCUAGUUCGCUGGGUGGCCUCCUUCAUUACAGGGCGAGUAGUACAGAUCCGCAUUGACGGCGAAAUAGGACCAAUAACAGAGGUACUCUGUGGCCUACCACAAGGUUCGCCAGUGUCCCCCAUCCUGUUCAUGCUUUAUCUAGCCCCGCUGUUCCGGCUCGGAAGUGCAAAGGCCAGGUUCGGAUACGCAGACGAUGCAGCUAUCCUGGCAACUUCUCCAUCCCUGGAGGCUAACUGCCGAAGCCUGUCAACCUCCCUGCAGGAAGCCCUCGACUGGGGUACCACGGAAGGAAUCACCUUCGCGCCUGACAAAUAUGAACUGAUCCACUUCUCGCGCCGUCAGGAUGACCAGGAUCCUAGCUGCACACCAGACGUCACGGCAGGCCCGAUCACAGUCUCUGAGAGUACAAAACGCCCUUACCUGCGUUGGUUAGGAGUCCUCUUUGACAAGAAACUCAGCUUUAAGUAUCAUGUCGGUGAGACAACCUCGAAGGCCCCGAUAGUUGCAAAUGCCCUCCGCGGCCUUGGGAACACUAUGCGCGGGAUCAAGCCCUACCUUAUGCGGCAGGCUGUGACAGCCUGUGUACCCCGAAAAGCCUACUUUGAAGCGGAAACCUGGUGGCCAGGUCGCUCGCGCCACUGCCCCCGGGCAGGCUCUAUCUCAAACCAAGUCCAGGGACAUCUGGACAAGAUAGCCAAAGUCAUACAAACGGGGGCUAGGGCAAUUCUCCCUGUCUACUAUACCACUCCCUUACCUGCUCUGUAUCGCGAGUCAGGGCUUCUGCCAGCUGAAGUGGAGCUUGACUAUAUAGCCGCAGCCGCUACCAUCCGUGUUCGUCGCCUAGAUCCUCACCACCCCCUACGCAGGAGGGCAGCAAAAAUAGUGCAAUCUGGCUGGAAAUCUAGCCGGUUUGCGCGCCGAAUACUGGCCCUGCCGGAAUCAGAGCAGAUAGACCCGUUGCAACAUGCCCCAUGGCUCCGAAAGGAGUCACGGGCGGACGCUCAGCUACGAAUAAAGGCACCUAGCGGACGAUCAAAGGAGCAGGCAGCUGCCGACUUCCAAUCCUUUUACUCCUCCCUCCCAAGCAACGAUAUGAAAGUAUUCACAGACGGGUCGAAACUGCCUGAUGGUAUGGCAGGUGCUGGGUUUGCUUUAUACCAGACAGGAAGACUCUGUCACCAAUCAUCCUUUUCCCUCGGACCAAACAAAGAAGUUUUCGAUGCCGAAGCUGAAGCAGCUCUUGCUGGUAUCAAAUCAGCCAUACAGUCUUACACCGCACGCUUCGCCACUGACCUCUGGGUCUGCCUAGACAACCCGGAAGUAGCCACCCGCCUGCUCUCACCUUUUACGGGGUCAUCCCAAGAAGUUUUUGAGACCUUCCGAACCCUGGCUUCGACCUGGCCCGAGCGAGAGAGGUUCUCCUAUACAAAGGAGGGCUCCGUACGUAUUUGCUGGGUCCCCGGACAUGCAAAAGUCCCUGGGAAUGAAGAAGCCGACCAAGCUGCGAAAAGGGGAGCUGCCUCAGAGCCCCCUGUUUCCCCCAUCUACUCCUUUGCCUCGCUUAAGCGUCAGACAAAGGCUGCUGUAACCUCUGGCCUGCAAAGGCACUGGCAGGCCGCGGCUCCGAAGUCAUACCAGGAUCUUUGGAUCACCUCCUCCCCCAAAUGCCCGGAUGAGCUGCGCCUCCCACGCCACUUUCUCGCGCGGAUCCUGGCAGCUCGCACAGGGCACGGUGAUUUUGCAGACUACCAUGAGCGGUUCAAUCAUGAAGACGCACAUCUAUAUUGCCGGUGUGGAGCCAGGAAGUCUCCAGUUCACUUCUUCUUCUGCCGAGUAGCUAAGAGACGCCUACCCCGACCCUCAGGGCCUCCCUCAGAGACAAUUCCCUUCCUUCUGGGAACCCCAAAAGGCGCAGCCAAACUGGCUGCCUGGCUAGCAGAAACUCGAUUCUUUGACGACAUCUGUCCAAGUCGGCCCCUGCUUGAGAAUGCCUGA